UGCAGGUGAAAUUCCCACCGAGCGAAGAGUAUCACGAGAAAUAUCACUCCAAUCCUACCUACCUUACGUGCACCUUACCGAACCUGGUAGUCCCGAAAAGUCACCGAUCAGAACUAUCGAACGGACCGAUACCCCACUGUGACCCGGGCUGACUUCACGGCGUGGGGCAGGCGCGUCUUUUGCUAGCAGAAAACGAGAAAGAGCUGAGAGAGAAAGAAUAGUUCCUUUCUGCUCAACCACAAGCAUCUUCUACUACUGCUCCCACCACCGCCAGCACCACCAGCACCGCCACCACCCAGCAUGGCGCAGGUCAAUCUGAGCCCGCCUUCGAUGCCAUGGGGAAAGAAGCGCAUAGCAGUCAUGACCUCGGGGGGUGACUCUCCUGGUAUGAGCGCUGCCGUCCGAGCUGUAGUUCGACAGUCACUAUCAGCAGGAUGCACGGCAUACGCCAUCUACGAAGGAUACCAAGGCCUGGUCGACGGUGGAGACAUGAUCAAAGAGAUGAAAUGGGAAGACGUUCGAGGAUGGAUCUCAGAAGGCGGCACAUUGAUUGGCACUGCGCGAUGCAAAGCGUUCAUGGAGCGACCAGGGCGGCUGACAGCUGCGAACAACAUGAUCGAAAAGGGCAUCGAUGCUCUGAUCAUCUGUGGCGGAGACGGCUCAUUGACGGGAGCAGACAAGUUCAGAGGAGAAUGGCCAAGCCUGAUGGAUGAGCUGGUAUCGACCGGGAAGCGAAAAGAGGAAGAUGUGAAGCCAUACAGGCAUCUGAAUAUCGUCGGUCUUGUCGGAUCGAUUGAUAACGAUCUCAGUAGUACAGAUGCGACAAUCGGCGCCUACAGCUCGCUCGAACGGAUUUGCCAAUCGAUCGACUACAUCGACGCCACGGCUCUCUCACACCAGCGUGCUUUCGUUAUCGAAGUCAUGGGACGACAUUGCGGUUGGCUGGCACUCAUGGCAGGUGUGGCAUGUGGAGCAGACUUUGUCUUUUGCCCAGAAAAUCCACCUUCCGAGAACUGGGAGGCUGAAAUGUGCAGUAUUGUCCAAAAGCACCGCACCAUGGGCAAGAGGAAGACGAUCGUGAUCGUAGCUGAAGGUGCUCACGAUAGGAACCUCAAAGCCAUCUCACCCUACAUGGUGAAAGAUCUGCUCACGAAUAACGUGGGACUUGACACGAGAGUGACGACCCUGGGACACGUACAACGUGGAGGUCCUCCUUGCGCAUACGACCGCAUGCUGGCGACAUUACAGGGUGUGGAAGCCGUCAAGGCUGUACUCGAAGCUACGCCAGAAACCCCGUCUCCUGUGAUCUGCAUGGUGGAGAACAAGAUCGUACGGAAGGACAUGAUUGAAGCUAUUCGCCUCACCAAGAAAGUCGCCGAGGACAUCGCUAAGAAAGACUUUGAUGCCGCAAUGAAAGGCAGAGAUGCAGAGUUUGCAGAGUUCCAACAGGCUUUCAAUAUGACGACCUCCACAGACAACACCAAGACUCUGGUCCCGAAAGAGAAACGAAUGCGGGUCGGUAUAAUACAUGUCGGUGCGCCCGCUGGUGGCAUGAAUGCCGCAACUCGCGCUGCUGUGGCAUACUGCCUGUCGAGAGGUCAUACUCCGGUGGCUCUGCAUAAUGGCUUCCCCGGAUUAUGUCGCCAUCACGACGACAAGCCGCUGGGAUCUGUGCGCGAGAUUAGCUGGCUUGACGCAGAGAAUUGGGGAUCGAAAGGUGGUUCGGAGCUCGGAACUAAUCGUGCACUGCCAUCCGAGGACUUCAAGACGGUGGCCUUUUGCUUCGAGAAGUACAAGAUCGAUGCUCUCUUCGUUGUUGGUGGGUUCGAGGCGUUCACGGCCGUAUCUGAGCUACGAAAAGCUCGGGCCGAUUAUGACGCCUUCAAGAUUCCCAUGACCAUCUUGCCCGCCACCGUCUCCAAUAAUGUUCCUGGCACCGAGUUUUCGAUAGGCUCUGAUACUUGUUUGAAUGCCCUCAUCAACUAUUGCGAUGCGAUCAAGCAAUCUGCUUCAGCCUCUCGCCGCAGAGUGUUCGUAGUAGAGACGCAAGGUGGCGCUUCGGGCUACAUUGCCAUAUUGGCAGGCCUCGCCAUUGGUGCAGUCGCUGUCUACACUCCAGAAGAGGGCAUCAACCUCAAUAUGCUCGUGCAGGACAUCAAGUUCUUGAAAGACCAAUUUGCCAUGGACAAAGGCCAUGCUAGAUCUGGCAAAAUCAUUCUUCGCAACGAGAAGGCUAGCAAAGUCUACACGACAGAGUUCAUUGCAGAUGCUAUCAAGGAGGAAUCGAAUGGAAAGUUCGAUUCCCGAUAUGCUGUGCCUGGUCACUUCCAGCAGGGAGAUAUUCCGUCGCCCAUGGAUCGUACACGAGCUGUACGUUUCGGUGUUAAGUCGUUGCAAUACCUCGAGGCCUUCGCUGGAAAGUCGAAGCAGGAAAUUGCAGACGAUCCUAUGUCGGUAGCUGUUAUUGGUAUCCGAGGCGCUAAGGUGAAAUUCAGCGCUAUGGAAAAGAUUGAGCGCGAGGAAACGGAUUGGAAGGACCGGAGGCCGAAGGAUGAGUUCUGGAUGGGCUUGGUCGAUGUCGUAGAUACUCUGUCCGGACGAUCCUUGGUCAAGGCUUCCCGCACGUCCAUGCGUACGCCGCUUCCUGGCACCCCUCUGCCCGGCACACCGGAUGUACAGGGCAUGCAGAAGCAGAAUGGCACCGGGAAAUGAACGAGGGGAGACAGAAUCACAGUGAGACGGCUACGUGCGCGAGAGUCUGGGCAAGAAUGGCGAAAAGGACCAGUUGCUGACGACGGAUGGGAGGGUUCAUAGAGUGCCCUUCCCACCGUUAUAUGAUACGACCCGUGACAUGACAUGAGAACAAGAUACAAAAGCAAUGACUAGUCCAGUAUAUGUUUCAUAAAAGAAUUCAAGUGAAGAUAG